AUGUUCAACAGCAAACACCUCAGCCUUAGCAAAAGAGGAGGAAUAUGGGGAUUGUGCAUCAUCUUGCUUUACACCAGCCCUCUUUCCUGUUUUGCAAAUUUCAGUCAAGCUAAAGAGCUCAUCUAUAAGAUAAAGGAGGGAUUACCCAGGGGGACCUUCAUAGGGGCCAUUGGAGUAGACUUAAAUUUGGAUUUCACAGUUGAGCCCCCAUUUUUAUUCAGUCUGCCUCAAAAGAAGGUCAAUGGACAGUAUGUGAACCUAAAUAAUACCACCGGAGAGCUUUACACAUCUGCUACAGAGAUUGACAGGGAGACACUCUGUCCUGAUAACACAGAGGGAAAAGGAUGUGUCCUCGCACUGGAUGUGUUUGUGUUGCCUCAGCAGUAUUUUCAGCUGGUGAAAGUUAAGAUCUUUAUUGAGGAUGUGAACGACAACAGGCCAAAGUUCCCUGUGGAUGAGAUCUCUAUAUCUGUCCCAGAAAAUACACCUGUCAAUGCCCGUUAUGCAGUGGAGCAGUCUGCAGUUGACCCAGACCUGGGUCUUCAUGGGGUGCAGACCUACUGGCUUGUUAAUGACUUUGGCGUGUUCACACUGGAUGUUGAGGAGAAUGAGGGGGGUGAGCUGACACCCUUCCUCAUUGUGACAGAAGCUUUGGACAGAGAGACACAGGCUGAAUACAUCACAGAUAUCAUAGCAGAGGAUGGAGGGACCCCUCCUCUACUUGGCGCAGCUACUUUAAAAAUUGUCAUCACGGAUGUGAAUGAUAACUGCCCCCAAUUCAGUGAGUCGCACAUUAAUGUCACUCUGCAUGGGAAUACCACCAAAGGGGCACAUUUGGCACGUCUACAUGCUUUUGACCCUGACCUUGGUGCUAAUGCUCAGAUCAGCUAUGCUUACAGUGAACGUGUGCCAAGGGAUACCAGGAGCUUGUUCCAUUUGGACAAAAUCACAGGGGUGAUCAAGCUAGCAGGGAAAAUAGACACUGGCACAGCCACAUUUUACAAACUCAUUGUUCUGGCCAAUGGACCUGGCUGUAUACCUUCUGUUGCCAUCAUUACUGUUCAUAUCAUCAAAGUUGUGACAGGACCACCUGCUAUCAUACCCCGGUAUAUUGCACCAGAAAAGGAUGGAGUGGUAACAAUAAAGGAGUCUGAGCCAGUGUUUUCUCCAAUCGCUUUUUUUACCAUCAAAAACAUUGAUAUGAACCAAAGGGUGGACUGUCAUUUGGAGGGUACUGGUCCUUUCAGGCUUGGUCCCUAUCAGCUAUUCAAAAAUGAAUACCUGCUAGAGACUACUGAGCCACUGGACUAUGAGAAGACACAGGAAUAUGAACUGAUCAUGGUUGCUGAGAACAUGCGGGGGCUUGUCAUCAAGACUUUCCUCAAGGUGCAGGUAUUGGAUGAGAACGACAAUGCUCCAGUGUUUCAGCAGUCUUUGAUGGAACUAUCUAUAGAGGAGAACAAUCCACCAAAUGCCUUUCUAGCCCAGCUGCAAGCCACAGACCAGGACAGUGAAAGCCGAGGGGAAGUCAUCUAUCUCCUUGGAGGUGACACCCCUGGGAUCUUUGUUAUAGAUCGUGUGACAGGUGUCCUGACUGUGGCAACAUCUCUGGACCGUGAAGAAAAAGAGACAUACCGGUUCAUAGUAAGAGCGGUGGACCAGGGGACACCCAGGAGGGAGUCUAUUGCAACUGUGGUGGUGACUGUGCAAGACCGCAAUGACAACAGUCCGCGCUUCAUCAACAAGGAUUUCACUUUCUUUGUGCCGGAGAACUUUCCAGGGUACGGUGAGAUUGGAGUCCUCUCUGUGACAGAUGCUGAUGCUGGGGAAAAUGGCUGGGUUGCUCUUUCUAUCCUCAAUGGCAGUGACAUCUUUUUGAUAGACACAGGCAGAGGAACACUCAGGGCCAAAACAUCAUUAGACCGUGAGCAACAAGGAACAUACCAGCUGUGGAUUGAGGCCAUUGAUGGUGGAGAGCCUGCACUUUCCUGUGUCACAAUGGUGACCGUGCUGCUGCUGGAUGUUAAUGACAACCCACCUAUUGUCUUAUUCCCCCAGUCCAAUCAGUCCUACAUGCUAGUGCUUCCCACUACAUUACCAGGGACGUCAAUCACAGAGGUGUACGCUGUGGAUAAGGAUACAGGCAUGAAUGCUGUGAUUGCAUAUAGCAUCAUAAAGAGGAAAGGUGGGGAGCCAGGGUCAUUUGUCAUCGACCCAGAUACAGGAAAUAUCACAUUAAAGAGGGAGCUCAGCAACCGCGGACUCUACAGCCUUCUGGUGAAGGUCAGUGAUCAUGGUCAGCCAGAGCCGCUUUACUCAACAGUCAUGGUUAACUUCUUUGUCAAUGAAACAGUGAGCAAUGAGAGUUACAUCCAGAGUCUGCUGACCAAAGAGGCUGACAUUGAGAUAGAGGAGAGGCCCUGGUACAUUGGUCAGAUGAGAGAAGGGCCUGAGCGGUAUGAGCUGUUCUCCUGUCAGUCUGCCCUCAUUGCUCUUUCAGUGACAUGUCUAGGACUAUUCUUCUCAGUUGUCACACUGACAUCUUACAUAUGCUGUAAGAGGUUUAAAAAAUACAGGAAGAAACAAUCAGAAGUGGAAAUACCUUUAAAAAUGAAGAAUGACUCGAUACAGGGUGUGAACAGGAAGCUCAGGCAGAUCUCAAACAUCUGA